CUUGCGCCCAAUUGCCCCCUGUCCCCAGUCCUGCGCGCUGGAUAAAUACCGCCUCGCGCUCUGCUCCGGAAGACACGCGCUUUCUCGGUCACGAGUUCACGUGCCUGUUCUCCAAAAGUCCACGGUGUAAGGUUGGGUGGCAUGUUUCCGACUAAUGGACCACGCCGGGGACGCUCUUUUGACUCCAUUCACAAACAUCACAUAGAGAAUCAGCACAACUAUGAGAUGAACAAAUCCACAUUUAAUCAUAGUAAUGAGCACCAAGAUGAUUCUGUGUCCUCCAAAAGAGAACAUGCAGCAAUUGUUUUCUCUCUGAAGAAUGAAGUUGGUAACCUUGUGAAGGCAUUAAAACUUUUUCAGGAACACCAUAUCAGCCUGUUGCAUAUCGAGUCGCGGAAGUCCAGGAGGCGUAACUCUGAGCUGGAGGUGUUCGUCGACUGUGACAGUGAACGAGAGACUCUGAACCAAAUCAUUCAGCUGCUAAGAAAACAAACAAACAUCAUCACUAUGGACCUGCCAGACAAACAGAGCACACCUGAAGAAGAUAUCUCAGAAGAACGCUGGUUUCCCAAGAAGAUCUCAGAUCUUGAUAAAUGUGCCAAUCGUGUUCUGAUGUACGGUUCUGACUUGGAUGCUGAUCAUCCUGGAUUUAAAGACAGUGUCUACCGUAAGAGAAGGAAGUACUUUGCUGACCUUGCGAUGAACUAUAAACAUGGAGAUCCGAUCCCACAUGUGGAAUUUACAGAGGAAGAGGUGAUGACAUGGGGUGUUGUGUUCAGAGAGCUAAAUAAGCUCUACCCUACACACGCCUGCAGAGAAUACCUGCAUAACCUACCUCUCCUCACACAGCACUGUGGCUACAGAGAAGACAACAUCCCUCAGCUGGAGGAUGUAUCCCGCUUUCUUAAAGAGCAAACAGGCUUCACAAUUCGCCCAGUAGCUGGAUACUUGUCACCCCGUGAUUUCCUGGCAGGUCUGGCAUUUCGCGUGUUCCAUUGUACCCAGUACAUUCGUCACAGCUCUCAUCCACUAUACACACCUGAGCCGGACACAUGCCAUGAGUUGCUUGGUCAUGUGCCCUUGCUGGCAGAACCAAGUUUCGCUCAGUUUUCUCAGGAGUUAGGACUGGCUUCAUUGGGGGCCUCUGACGAUGCUGUACAGAAACUGUCUACUUGUUACUUCUUCACGGUGGAGUUUGGCUUGUGUAAGCAGGAGGACCAGCUUCGGGCAUAUGGUGCUGGUCUUCUCUCUUCCAUCAGUGAACUUCAGCAUGCACUCUCAGGCAGGGCAAAAAUCCUGCCAUUCGAUCCCAAAGUGACAUGCAAACAGGAGUGUCUCAUUACCACCUUUCAGGAGGUGUACUUCAUGUCUGAAAGCUUUGAAGAGGCUAAGGAUAGAAUGAGGGAAUUUGCAAAGACAACCAGACGCCCAUUUACUGUCCGCUACAACCCUUACACACAGAGUGUGUGUGUGCUGAGGGACAUGCCCAGCAUUAAUAAUGUGGUCGAGGAGCUCCGGCACGAACUGGACAUUGUAGGAGAUGCACUCCAAAGGCUCAACAAAUACACUGGAGUCUAAGAACACAGUCUAGUCUUGUUAGGCCAGAGCAUGAAAGAGUAUAGUGAGCUCAGAGGGUUUAAUUAACAGCUAAUGAGUUAAAUCACACCUCUACAAGGUUGUAACCAUUAUAGACUGAAGUCUGAGAUCAUUGGCUUAAAAUUUGUCAAUUAUUUUUCACAGUGCAACUUCAAACUAUUAAAUCGCUACCAUGUUUAAGACUUACUGUCAAAUCCUGUUUUCUGCACUGAGAAAUCUAUCCCCAAUGAGUGCCUGUAAUACACACUUCACUGAUUAUAAGUACACUUUAGUAAAUGUUGCACGUUUGUUUAGAUCAAUUAAGGCCAAUUAUUCUGUUUGGCCAUUUUUACAUCAGUUUAAUGUCCCAAUUAAUCAAAUGCAAAACUGGCCAAAGCAUGUUGGGAAAGUUUAUAUAGAUAAGACAUGGCAAUGUAUUCAGAAUACAAAAGUCUUUAUAAAUGAAAUAUUAUUGCAAUUAUAUAAAAAACAUAUGUGGCUUGUUCUCAUUCCUGCAGUGUUUAUGUGUUAUAAUGUAUAAAGGAUCAUUCAAAACCAUUGUAAAUCAUCAGGUGUGUGUAUGUGUGUGGUAAAAUAAUUAAAUCUUAUGUUUUGGUGAAUAUUAAUUAAUUUUGUCAGAUAAUCUUAUGGCCUAACAAAUUUGUAUGUACAAGAUAAGAAAAUAAUUGACACAAUAUAGCAGGUAAUUUAACUUAGAGCAUCAUAUCGAGCAAAAAAAUUUUCUAUGGAUAUAUGAAUACGUUUAUUUGAUCUCUCCUAAGUAGCCCAGAGAGUUAGUUGCAAUUUAGGUUGUGGUAAAUAACCCAUCUGGUUACAUAACAAUGACAAAAAUCCCCACUUAUUUAUAAAUCAUGGAGCAUGUUUGUUUGUGUCCCAUGCACAUUAACCUAGUGAUUCGAUCCACCAAUCAUUAAAAUCUCAAAAAUAACCAAAGUAAAUAGUAAUUGAUUUCUGACCCAUUGUGUGACUUAUUUGAUGAGCUGUUACUUCAAUGAAUGGUCAGUGAAAAACAAGGAGGUGGGCUUUAUCAUCACAUAACUUACUUCAUGUUACACAGUUUGAAGAACUGUGGCCACAAACUAAAACCUGGUAUUACAUAUUAUUUCAUGUUAUAGUCUGUUUUUAGGCUCUGCUAGAACUCACAACCAUGCUGCAGCACUCACUAGAAGUAGACCAGGUUAUUAGCUACAAUUCUUUUUUAGACCACUAGAUGGAACUAGU